AUGGGUAGAUCGUUUAAGGUUUUCCUGAGCAACUACGUGUAUAGCUGCUCUGAAUGUGGGAAUCAUCUAUCAGAUCCCACCGAAUUAGUAUCAACUUCCUUUAGAGGAAGAACUGGACCUGCAUGGCUUUUUUCGAAAGUUAUAAAUAUAUGCGAAGGACAAUAUGAAGAUAGAAUGAUGACAACAGGGCAGCAUACAAUAGUGGAUAUUUAUUGUAACAAUUGCAGAAACAAUGUUGGGUGGAAAUAUGAAGAUUCAUCGGAAGAAUCACAAAAGUAUAAAAAGGGAAAAUAUAUUUUAGAAAAGGCUUUACUUUCAUUUCUAGUUAUUGAUGAGCAUGGGAAAGAACACGAGUUUGAAUUGAAGUCAUCUGAUUGUGAUUUCUGA